AGCCUUCCUGCUGUAGUUUGACAGUCUGUUUAAUGCUGCUCUGCCUCUGUAUCUAUUUUUGUGAUUUGUCUUUUCCACCCUCAUUUUGCAUUUUCUCUGCAAUCUAUGGCAUUUGCCCAGAGUCCAGGUCCCCUGUGGCUGUGUGGCCAUGCCCUCCUCUCAUCCCACAGACUUCAUUCUCACAUCCCCAGGCAUAUGCACGUUUCACCCACAUAAGGUGCAUUCCCUUACCCAUUUCACUCCUCACCUCGAAUUCUGCUUUCUGUGGUAUGAGCACCGUGUUCUGCACGUUCCCGGGCUGUGCUUUUCAGCCCCUCACCCGCACACUUCCUUGUCAUGUUGUUGCUGGUAUGCCCCUCACCGGUUCUGCUUUUCUGCAUAAAAGCAGCCCACUCUGAGCUCCUGACCUUGGUUCCAGCCAGCACCUGCCCAGGUCACUCCAUGAGGCAGGCUGUGCAGGGCACCUGUGGCUUUGGCAAGAGGAGCCUUGAUGACCGUGGGGGGUAGGGGCAUGACGGGUCAGAGGAGCCAGGCCCACGAUGACAGGUCUGACUGCUGUGCCAGCCCCACACAGUACCAUUGGCUAGAACCAGUGCCUGGCCUAUGGCUGCCAGCCAAGGCCCACCUUGGGAAGGCUGGUCCAGCGCUGGGGAGACCCACGGUCCCUCCUGGGGGAAGGCUACCCACUCGGCUGACCUGCUGUAGGCAGGAGCAGGCCGCCAGAAGCCUGGUGGGCUGCACUGAAUGGGUGGGCUGACCCACACCUAUUUCUUCAAGUCCAGAGAGGACAUCUGCAGGUGAGUUUUCUCCUUAGAAGGGGUUCCUUUUCCCCUUUAAAGUCAAGGCUGGAAUUCCUGGCUAUGAUUUUGCUGUGUAACUUUGCAAGAUGCCACCAUUUGGGAAAACAGGGGGAAAGGGACAUGGGCUCUCUGUUAUUUAUUACAACUCCAUAUGGAUCUAUAAUUAUUUCAAAAUAAAAAAAUUAAUUAAAAGACGAAUAAGCCUGGUAGAUUAUGUAAUUAAAGAAAUAGCUACCCAGAUGCAAAAAAGUCGAACUCUGCAGUGGAGAGUAGUUUAUUCUGCUUUAUUGCCUUAUCCAGGUAAACUGUUUGUAAACAAUCAUUAGAAUUCUCAAACCUUUUAUUGACUGGUUGGUCUCGACUCCUUCCCCAGAUCACAGCCAGCUGUUGUCUCUACAAUGCUGUUCAUAGACAGUCCAAACUCAGUAGCUGUCAGGAGAAAGCAUUCUUUCCCACCCACAGAGCAGUGGGCGGCCCGGGGGUUGGCCUGUCCAGGUGGGCUCUGAGCGCAGGGGGUCCUACUCCUCUCUGGAGGCUCUGGUCCUCCUUGGUCACCUUUAGAAUGAGAAGCCCUGACUGGAGGGUUGGCCCCUCGCAAUACCCAUCCCAGGAAGGUUGUCCAGGAAGGAAUGGGUACUGGGGGCAUGGGGGGUACUCGGAAGGGGUGCCAGGAGGUGGUGAGUUGGGGGCACCUCUUCAGGAUAGGGGGAAGCAGGGCUGGGGGGACAGGGUGGAGCUGAGUGCUGCUGCACACAGUACAACAGCAGAGCCUCUCUCAGCUCCUUCGAGAGGAGACAGGGUCUCCGUGGCCCUGCACACAGACCCUGAGCACCCUGUGAGCAGGUGUGACUAGAGCCCAUGGGUGGGGAUGCUGGGGGUCAGUACUGCUGGGCCAUCCCUCCAUACCAUGGGUCCACCCAGGGACCAGGUCUUGCUCCCUCCGUGACCCUUGCAGCAGCUACCCCCACCCUCACAUGUCUGAGGAAUACAUUAUUAAGCAUAAAGAAACACUUAAAGCUACAGUGACUAAAACACAGGAUCCAUUCCCCAAAGCGACGCUCACCUCUAAACAUCGGUUUCUGUACAUCUCUGGGUUUGGUGAUUACACCAUCAUCAGCGCCCUGGAGCCUCCUGAAGCCAACACCCUGGCUCCUGUGGCUGCUCCAGACAGCAGGGCCACCCACUCUACCCUUGGAGAGCUGCCUCCAGGUUACAGGGCCCGUGAGGCGCUGUCACCCAGGCCUUGCCAUGCCCUGUAGCCCUGGCUGGCUCUUCUGGGAGCAGUGGUGAUCGAGGCCCCUCCACCUUCAGCCCCCAGGCACACAGCUCCGGAAGGAACCCUGGGCCUUGUAUGGCCAGGAAACUUCUAGAAGCCCUGCCUGGCAUGGCAGCCUCAGUCAGCCAGGAGGUUGGAGAAAGGCGUGGUCCAACCAGAAUUUUAUCUGACUCCACACACAUGCCAGAGAGAAGCCACCAGGGGAGAGACGGGAGGGAGGAAGCCAUGGGUCCUCCGGUCCUCAUUGCAGGGGCAGGAGGUCAUGGAAAGAUGGCUCGCUGGGCACUGUGCACACCUGUGCUUGUGGGCACGACCCGUCCUGUUCCAAGGCCAGAUUGUCAGCCCAUCACCCUGCUCCUGUGGGCAGGGUCCUUCUCACAGCCCUCAUGAGGGUCAGUGACCUACCUGCUCAGGACCCUGUGCCAGUCGUCUUGCUUUCCCCUCCCCUUUCUCAUAGCAGCCCCCUGUUGCUCCCCUAGGGGCUGCACUGCUGGUCUGGCCCAUCCCCCAGUUGGUCCCCAAGCCCAGGGGCCAGAUCCCUCAGGUGGGACCUAUCCACAGGCAAGGAGAGGGAAAGGCAGAUAGAGGCCCUUUGCUUUGUCCCUUCAGUUUGCUGAGCAGGGCCUGCGGGGUUGGGCUCCCACACACCUGUGGAGACCUGUGUGGAGGAGCCAGCACAGAUUGAGGGGAGCAUGAGGGGAGUGCUCCAGCCGGGGGAUGUGCUCUCUCUUCAGGUCUCCUUACCUUCAAAAAGCCACUCCAGGCCCCACUUAGAAGCCCUUUUGAAGGCCUGGAGACAGUCCAAGGCUGGAGCAGCAGGUGGCCACUCAUGCACAGGGUCCAUGGCUAGGUUCCUGGGGGGAGGGGGAGGGGAGAGUGGGGGCUUGGACAGGCACCCACACACUAGGAGGCCCAGUAGCCCUCACACAGCCCUGUUGGGUCUGCUGAGCACUCACUAGUCUCUGGACAGAAGACAACCCAGGCCCCAGUGCUCCCCAUGUGUUAUGGGCCUCACUGCACCAUGGGCAGGCCCAGUCCAGAGGGGUGAGCUGGCUGUGGGGGGGUAGGGAGGAGCACUGGCACAGAGACUGUGGGUGUCAUCACGUGGGACCUGCUGUUCACUUCUGGGGAAAUUCAACAGGGCAGCCACCUGGGAAGCAAAGACGCACCCCUCCCCCCAUCUGCCUUCGUCCCUCCAGAUAUGAGGUCUGGGUCCUGUGCACAUUGGCCAGACUAAAAUGACCUCCUCCUGCGUGCUGGGCAUUGCAUUGGAGUUCUGGCCUUCAGGGCCUGUAGAUUAGCUGGCGCCAGCGGGCCCCUCCCUUCUCCCCGCUGUCCUCCUCCCUGCAUGCUUCCCACAGCUGCCAGCUACCUGCUGAGUAGUGCAGCCCGGGACCUGCAAGGGCUUCUCUCCCUAAUGAACUUUCCUUGCUGAGAGGUGGGGAGGGGUGUGGAUCACCCUGGUCACAUCUGAGCACCACACCCUCCCCCCUGCCCCUCCAGUCCCUCAGCUUCCUGCUGCCUGCACAGAGGCUGACUGGUUCAUGCUCAGUCCUGAGUGGGCAGCGAGGGAAUACCGGGGAGCACCGUGGAGCUGGUUGGGGGGGCGGGGCUUGCUGUUUGUGACCCCAAGAGCAGGUGUCUGUGCCUGGCUGAGGUCCUGAGGCAGCCACCAGACCAAAUGUGGGUCAGGCUGUGCUUGUGGCCCGCACAGGCUGCCGCUGCUGUGUAGGGGGAGGGAGAACUCGGCAACCCCAACAGUCCUGCCCUGCCCGGCACAAUGACCAGUGUCUCUGGCUUGAGUUUGGGGGUUAGCCAGGAAUGGAACGUUUUAAAAUGAGUCUAAAAGAAAAGAGAACACGGACUUGCUUAGGAUGGCAGGCGGGGCAGGCUCACGGCAGGGGUCACGAGGCCGGCGCUCAUCCAAGGGGCGGGUUGGGAGGGCCUCCUCCAGGUGGGUAGGAGACGGCUACAGGAGCGGGGCUACAGGAGCGGGGCUACAGGAGCGGGGCUACAGGAGCGGGGCUACAGGAGCGGGGCUACAGGAGCGGGGCUACAGGAGCGGGGCUACAGGAGCGGGGCUACAGGAGCGGGGCUACAGGAGCGGGGCUACAGGAGCGGGGCUACAGGAGCGGGGCUACAGGAGCGGGGCUACAGGAGCGGGGCUACAGGAGCGGGGCUACAGGAGCGGGGCUACAGGAGCGGGGCUACAGGAGCGGGGCUACAGGAGCGGGGCUACAGGAGCGGGGCUACAGGAGCGGGGCUACAGGAGCGGGGCUACAGGAGCGGGGCUACAGGAGCGGGGCUACAGGAGCGGGGCUACAGGAGCGGGGCUACAGGAGCGGGGCUACAGGAGCGGGGCUACAGGAGCGGGGCUACAGGAGCGGGGCUACAGGAGCGGGGCUACAGGAGCGGGGCUACAGGAGCGGGGCUACAGGAGCGGGGCUACAGGAGCGGGGCUACAGGAGCGGGGCUACAGGAGCGGGGCUACAGGAGCGGGGCUACAGGAGCGGGGCUACAGGAGCGGGGCUACAGGAGCGGGGCUACAGGAGCGGGGCUACAGGAGCGGGGCUACAGGAGCGGGGCUACAGGAGCGGGGCUACAGGAGCGGGGCUACAGGAGCGGGGCUACAGGAGCGGGGCUACAGGAGCGGGGCUACAGGAGCGGGGCUACAGGAGCGGGGCUACAGGAGCGGGGCUACAGGAGCGGGGCUACAGGAGCGGGGGUGGGGGCUGCAGCCGGGGUCCGAAGGACGCACAGGGGUGAGCCCGUGCUCCCCAUUCGGCGCCCAGACCUGCUCCACCAGGGAAAUGUGUGAACUGGGGAGGUGA